CUUUCAGCCAUAUUCUUUUUAUUUACAGCAGAACACACUGUUAACACUUACUCUGUUGUGGACUGGUUAAGAAGUGUGAAGUUUAUGUGCUGAGGGUUUUCUGCUGUUUGCCCUAUUAUGGAGAGAUGUCCUCGUGAUUCUGGAGAGGAAACAACAUACCAUGAUGAAAGCUUUCAGGUGUUUGAAGUGGAACAACGACUACAGCUCACUCAAAAGGACCCUGAGGAGGGAGGCAUGGAGGCUGAAGAGAUGUUGCCAAGCAUGGAUCGUCAGCCUUUUCUGUCUGCAUUUGCAUUAGAGGAAUUUGAGUUCCCUGCCAUCAUUCAAUUACAAGAGAUGCCCCUUUUCCCCAAGUGGCACCUCCCUCUAAAGCUUAUGGCUGUUUUUUUAACUCUAACGUUUGUGUACACAUUUCUCAGGGAUGUCCUGCAGCCUUAUGUGGCUCAGAAUAAAAAUGAUUUUUACAAGAUUUCCAUACUGGUGUUAAAUAAAGCUCUACCCUGGACAUCCAUCACUCUUCUGGCACUUGUCUAUCUACCUGGAGGGUUGGCUGCUCUACUACAACUACACAGAGGCACGAAAUACAGCUCUUUCCCACUUUGGCUGGAAAAUUGGAUGGGUGCGAGGAAACAGUUGGGUCUGCUGGCCUUCCUUCUGGCCUGCCUACAUGCCAUUUACAGCCUGAGCUACCCAAUGAGACGAUCAUACAGAUACAAACUCCUCAACUGGGCCUACCAGCAGGUACAACAGAAGAAGGAUAACGCAUGGGUAGAGGAUGAUGUCUGGAGGAUGGAGAUCUACAUCUCACUGGGAAUCCUAGGAUUGGGCAUUCUGGCCUUGGUGGCCAUCUCCUCCCUACCUUCUGUUAUGGACACUCUAAACUGGAGAGAGUUCCAGUGUGUCCAGAGAACACUGGGACAUGCAGCUCUGUUUUUGUGCACAGCUCAUGCUCUGGUGUAUGGCUGGAGGAAGUGGGUGGAGAUGAAGCACUAUGUAUGGUACACACCACCAUCAUUUAUACUGGCCUCCUUCCUCCCAGGUGUGGUGUUACUGCUCAAGGCUGUGCUAGCCAUGCCCUGUUUUAACAAAAGAUUGGCGCGCAUUCGACAUGGCUAGGAAAGACCCGGGCGAAAGCAAUUAAUAGACAAGGACUCACUCUGACU